UGUGUAUAGUGGCCAUUGUUAAGAAGAAAUAUAUGUUAAUACGUGAUGUGUAGAGUGUUUUAUGUUAAUUUUGGUGUCUAAAAGCUUGCUUUUCUUAUUACUUGCCGUUUCAACACCACCGUUUUCUCGAUUGGAUAGACGUGCACCUCUCGGUUCUAUCGCAGCUUGGAGUAGGAUCAACGCUAUAGGGGAGAAGAAAUAAUGCUGACCUGGCGUCGGAAGUAGUUGGUGCAACAUGAUGAAUCGACACGGUGCCUCGAAUUCUAACCGACCGGCAGAUCAGGGCCAACUGUUUUCUGCUUUAAUGUCCGACAAUGGCCCAAACCAGGGAGCGUUUGUACCGGGUAGCAAUGCGUUCUCCCUGGCACACUACCAGAACAUGCCUAACGAUCAGGUUGACUGGGCCGCCCUAGCCCAGCAGUGGAUCAAAAUGCGUGAAACUUGGAUGCAACCCAUGCCCACCUUAAUUCCAUCACCGCCACCACCGCCCUCAUUCGAUCGGGACACUUUCGACAGUCCAGCUGCGAGCGAUACACACUCAAGAAACCGAACCGCUCCGGGGGUCGAAUACGAAGAGCAGGGUGAAGCCCCGAUGGAGGUAGAGCGGGAAGAUGACAGCGAUAUACCGGUUCCGCCGACACCACCAAAAAUCUCCAACGACUGGCCAUCGACAGACGAUACGUGGCGAAACUGGUCAUGGCCAUCUUCGGCGGGCAGCACAUCAACGCUUGGCGACCACCAUGUGCCACAAGCGCUUCCAAACAAUCAAAAACUGGCCGAUGUCCAGCAGCGGUCCGGGCCACCGGUGUCAGCAGCCGUUGCCAUUGCGCUAUGGCAAGCGAAAAACAGCCAUCUCUUCCCCGUCGCAUAUCCCAAAGAUCCUGCGACGGUGCGACAACAGACGACGGGAAACCGACGGAUGUUUAGCACGCAACCGAAACCGGCACGCCUGCCCGGGUUGAUGGAUCAGGAAAUAAAGAUGAACGUGUCAUCUACCAGUUCGGUCACGUCCACCGAUGUGCAUCGGGUCAAUACGAAGGAGAACUUUGGCAGUGGUGGUGGUGGAUCUGCCACGAUUAACGAGGAAAAACGCAUGAUGCUGCCGGCAUGGAUUCGCGAAGGGUUGGAAAAGAUGGAACGCGAAAAGCAGCAAAAGCUGAAGCGGGAGCAGGAACACCGCCAGCGGGAAGAGAAACUAUCCAGCCAGCAAAAUGUUCGCUCUCUGUCUCUGUCGCCUAGCCGUGAGGAACAAACCAUGCCAUUGGGUUCGCCGGAAGAGCAGGAAGAAUCGCAACCGAUCCAAGAGAAGGUUGCAUUAAACGAACAGGACAUUGAACAGAUAACGAAGAAAAUAUUGACUGAAAUUUUUAUGGAAACAACAAAUGAAGUAUUACUUUCCAUCGCUAAGGAAGAACAGAGCAAGGUGCAGAAGCGAAAGGCUAAACAGGCAGCCAUAUCAAAUGUUGGACGCGCAACAUAUACCAGAGGGCUUGGCCUUGGUAUAUAUGGCGAUAGUGAUGAGGAUGAGGAAGAGGAAGAGGAUCAGACGAUCAACGAUGUUAGCAAGGGAUCGAUGAGUGCAAAUGUUGGCUCUGAUCUGGAAAGUGCAAACAACUCGGACGACGAUGAUUCCGAUACAGAAGCGAUGAAAAAAAUGAUGGAAAAAAUACGCUAUCGGCAACAGAAUUUCAAAUCUACUGCUGCGCAAAUCGAACAGUGGCUGGGCGAUGUGGCUGAGUACACCCCUCAUAAUACCGAAUUGCAGACAGAGUCACUAUCGUCAGACGAAGGCCCGGUUGAUGAGCUGCAGCGGAACGAUGAAGCUGAUUCCGAUCCAGAGCGUGCAGAAUCUCCACGGCACGGAAAGGCAAGCACCGGUAAUGGAUUCGUUAUGUCGCAGUUCACGCCCUUCGCCAGCACAACUCGACAGUCGGACCAAGUCAACAGAGCGAGUGGCAGCCAGGACAAUGUGGUCCGCAAGCGGCGUGAUAAACGCGUAUCGCGCUUCAGUGAUCCGCGGGACACGGUACGUACGACGCACAUCACGCAUGUUUCGAUUGUAUCAACGUCCGCUGAAACAGUGCGUCCCAAUAAAGCGCUGGAACUGUCUGCCGGUGUGAAUGUAGCCACAGUUGGUUCGAGUGCCGUCCGCCAGAAACAUCCAGCACAGGAAGGGAAGGCACGCCACCCUACCGGCCAGCAGUCCAUCAACACGUACUUGAACGUACCACCAGGGCAAUCGUACCAAACGAUCUACAGUAUUAGGCCCGGUCCGAAGGGGGGGACCCAUUCUAAGGCAUUGAGCGAAGUGGAGGAAAUGCGAAAAAAGCACCACCCGACAUCGAACUUCGACGGUGGAAAGAAGUCGCUCGGGGAGGAUAACGAUGGCGGUAGCUAUCGACGGAAGUACCGCGACCGUUCGCGUUCGCGUUCAUCCCAUGGUUCACGGUCGAGCGUUUCGCGAUCGGUUUCGGGCGAUUCACGCUCGUCCCGGUCCAGUCUGUCGCCGAGCAGCCACUAUUCGCGCUCGAGCCAUCGACGCUCCUCGUCCAAGCGAUCCCGUCACGAUCGCGACCGUCGUUCACCAUCGUCCAGCUCAUCAUCGCGCCGUCACCGCCGGGACAGUGGCGAUCCAUCCCGAUCCCGGUCGCGUUCCUCUUCGAAAUAUUCUUCCCGCCGGCGGUUCUAAGCGUUUCCACCACAGGGAUGCGUCUUGCAGUGGCAUUUUAGUUAUUGCAAUGUUCUUUCGGUGAAUUCAAUGGCCGGAUCGUGAGCACCGGGGUUGUGCACAAGAGCAUUACCGUCCCCGAACAGAGGCCGAUUUCAACGAGAGAAUCAAAUCAGUGUGAUAAAUUAGGGAAAGUAUGUAUAAAUACACACAGAACAACACACGCUACAAUUUCACAUACCUGAACACCAACACCCAUUCUCUACACCCUUCCUCCUUUCCUUUCCCCAACCAUCUAUUCGAUUCCUUCUCUCCCAGACACAUAAAAGCACACACUCUAGUUAUCUUUAAGCAGUGAGACAAGGAAUUCUAAACAAACAACAAAGGCACGAACACACAGUUGUAAAGACAAGCGAUAGCUAGAGCGAAUAUGGAACUUGCAUUGCAGGACAGGUAGGCAAGCUCGAUUUUUUUUAAUGACCUUUUUAUUAUUAUGAAUUGAAUGAUUAGAAGCGUUAGGGGAUUUGACCCUUAAAGUUCUAAGAAAGAAGUAAAAAUUUAAAAUAAUUCCUAGCGCUUUAGAGCUAGUUUUCCAAAGGCUAGUUAACGAACGUGCAGCAGGAUCUAUCUGGUUUGGCACAGUGACAGUGUAUAGGAUAUGUUAAGUUUAAGUUCAGUAGCUUUUCAACCAAUGAUGCCACCCUUCCGAUGGCUAUUGGUGUGGUUUACAUAUAUUUUUUGUUUAUUCCUUUGAAUACCUUUACGAAAGUGGAAUGGAAUUGUGUUACCGUGAGCACGAAGUUAGCUAGAAAGUGAAGGACUGCUGUGAAAGUGUAGCUGCGUCUGUGCGUCUAGCUUUUCAACCAUCGAUGCGUCUGGCUUGUGGUGUGUUAAAUAUAUUUUUAUUUACCUUUUUUUCAUAAAUUACGAAAUUGAAAAGGAAUUGUGUUACCGUGAGCACGAAGUUAGCUAGAAAGUGAAGGACAGCUCUGAAAGUGUAGUCGAUACAGCUGCGUCUCUGAUAAACAUUGAUGGAAAGGAUUUAGUGGCUUCGUAUUCGAUGCACAUUUUCGGUAUCCUCUUGCAUGAACUCUUUUCCAGAUAAUUAAAAAAAUAAACAACCCGAGGUGUUCAUUAUAGCUAAAAACAAAAUAAAAACAAAUUAAAACCAAAAAAAAAACAUUAACUGUUAUUAAAAAUAAAUUUUAAUAUGUCUAGAAUUAUUAAACUAAAAACGUGAGAUGUAUUUCCUUUUACAUUUUAACGGAAUUAAAAUGCGAUAAAGCUAAAGACCGAACGAAAUAUACCUCACGUUGUUGGGUUGAAUAAUUUAAGACAUUUUAAAAUAAGUUUUUCAAACAUUUUGUGUAUUUUAAGUAAUCAGUUUCAAGUGUUUUUUUUUUGUUUGUUUUUAUUCGUAUUGAGCACCAUUAGUUAAACUACGACGACGACGACGUACGUUAAAACCCAACCGUAGAAAAGCGAGGUAAGGGAAAAAAACUUGAACCACGCAAGUUUUUGAAGCACAAUGCGUAUCAGAGAUAUGUGCUGCUGUAUCAAGAGAAUAGGAAGUGAUUAAAAACAGAAGGAAUAUCAUAAAGAGAAGCAUACAAGGAUACUAACUCGUUGCUUAAAAUGUUCACCCUUGUAUAAACUACUGUAGUUGAAAGUUUCUUCCUAACCUGGGAACCGAGUUUCGAUUUAGCAAAAGCCUUUUUGUCGCCUCUCCUCGCUCCCCCGCCUUCCCCUUCCCGUACAAAACAAAAGGUU